AUGAAUAAAAGAACUGCGGAUAGUAUUUUGGAUAUGAAAGUAAAUAUUGUUGCCACAAAUUAUUCAAUGGUAAGACAUAUUUCGCAAGCAAAAUUAACAACGUAAGUUGAAAAAUACAUGUAAUCUAAACUCAAUUGACUAUUUUUAGUGAGCAUUUACUAUCUGAUCGUUGUGAUUAUGCAAUGAUUCUCAUUCAAACAAAUACUAUUUUCAAUAUGUCAAAACUUGAAAUUGAAUCUGAAGGAAAACUCAUAUCGGUAAGUCCACAUUCCUAAUUUACAAAUUCUGAACUUUUAUUUUUGAAAGAUUCCAAUCAAACAUCCUUUGAAAACUUCUCCGAAACCAGUCGUGUUUUGUGUUUCUCCACAAUUUGCAGCUGAACAAUGGCAAACUUUUCUAGCACAGGUUCAUAUUUCCAAAUUUUAUGGAGCAUACUUGCAUAUUUAUGUUUUGAGCAUGGUUGAAUCAUAUUUCAAGUUAAUAAGAGAAUAUGAAAAGUUGGUUAGUUUAUUUUUGGUUUUUACGAAAGCGAAAUAAACAAUUUCAGGGUUAUCUGUCAAUUGAACCUUGGCUUACCAUAAAAUUUUCAAAAGUUGAUACACCUGUUAUGGAACCAAAUAGAAAUGUUGAACUUCGUGCACAAACUGCAGCUCAUACAGAUUGUCUUUUGAUGUACAAAGAAGCUGCCAAAUUUAUUGGAAGUCUUGAUAUGGACGAUUUAUUGAUUCCAGUCAACUCAAACUCUUAUUAUGAGGAGUUUGAAAAACAAUAUAACGGAAAUCGAUUGUUCAGCGCAUUGAAUUAUUUGAAACAUGAUUUUGAAACUAUUAAAUCAUCAAAUCUUGAAGAAACAUCAAUAUUACAAAUGGUAAAACAUGCCGUUCCUCUUUUUACAAAUGAUACUGGAAAAUCAUUUGUUCUGUCAGAAAGAUAUAAUUCGACAUGGGCUCAUUGGAGUAGAAAUGCUGAUUUUCUUCCACAAUUCGAUGAAAAUAAACAACCCUAUUUUACAUCAUUAAAAUAUUUGAAUAUUGGAAUAUUUCACUUGAAAAAACAAAAAUUAAUUAAAAAUGUGAAAAAGUUAGAUGGUAGUCGAAUUCCAAUUAAUCCAUACGAUAAUAAAACAAAAAUAAUAAAUGAAGAAAAUUUGAAUUUAAUUGAGAAAGAUUUAAAAAGGUAUUAGAAUUAUUCAAUUUUUUUCAGAAAAAAACAUGUUUUUCAGCCACCUCAAAUUACCACAAAUAAAAAAACUUGCAUCUUCUCUACCAAAAGAAGAUUUUUAUAUGCCAAUAAUUUUCAAAUGUUACAAUGAAACAUUUUAUCACGUAAGAGAUCAGGGAGUAUUGGAUCAAAGUAUACUUUGUAUAAAUGCGUAUGAUUGUGAUCUUCCACAACAAGAUAAUCUACCUUGUAUACAUUCUGAUGCAUUUUAUCAUUCUGGCGAACGAAUGGAUCCAAUCACUUAUCAUUUUGCAACAAAGCCAUUUUUCAGUAGGAAUAUAGGAUGUUUUCAAUAG